UUCCUGCCCUCUGUUCAGGCAAUAAAUUGGCUGUAACAGAACUGCUUCUAGCAUUCUGUUCAGUAGAAGUAUCCCAGCAGAGACAAAACCACACAAAAUAAGGGAGUUUUAAUUGUUCUGGAGAACUAAUUGGCUUCUGGAGAGUCAACAGAGGGCUCAGAAAGGAAGUCAAGUGAGAUCAUCAUCAUCGCUAUUUCUUCAACGCCUCUGCAAUGCUGCUCCGCUCAGGUCGUAGAAAGCCGUAUCAAAUGCCUCUCCGUAGAAGGCAAUCUGAGAAGAAGAAAUUUCUGCUUAGAAGUAUGAAAACAGCUCCUGGAAAGCCAGUGUUUAGCUUGCGAAAAACAUUGAAAUGUUAUAUACUAACUGAAGAUUCAAAAACAGUGCAUUUUGAUAUAGAUGAAGAUGGUCAUCAUGAAAUAUCUACCAAAGAUUCACAAUCCCAUGAAGAUAUUGCGUGGUUAAGCGUGUUCACAAGGAAUGAAGCAGCAGUCACUGAUAAACAUCUUGUGGGAAAAACAGAUUCUAAAAAUUUGGUGAGCCUCACACAGAGAUCAAAGCUUAAUGAAUUUGUCCUGUUGUGCAAGGGUAAGAAGCGUCUCUGUCUGAAGGUCUUAAAAGCAUCCUGUUCAGAGCCGGAUUGUCCUUCAGUGGAGAGAUGUGAUAUGAAAACUUGCAGCCAUGAAGAUCCUGACUUUAAACAGCUGAGUGAAGAUAAUAACUUUUUCAUCAUGCAUUACCAAGGAGAUUCAGUGCAGUUCCAAUGCUAUGAAGACAGAAGUUACUAUCUGUGUGUGAACGAUGACUCACUUGAUAUUCGCAAGCUGGAAAACAAAGAGCCCAACGAGGAGAAAAAUUUUUACUUCAGGGUGUCAUAUUUACAGGAAAAGUAACUUGGCCACCUUUCAGUAGCCGAAGUGCCCAUACAGCUCCUAAGAAGAUGAGGAAGUUUGAGAUCAACUAAUUUCUGUUUGAGCUAAAUUUUUACAUUUUCAUAAUUUCUAAGUCACCAACAUCCUUUAUUUCUGUGCAUUCAAUAACAAAAGAGGAAGGCCAAGUUUGAAAAACAUACUAACUGAUCAGUCUCUGUGUCCUACCUACCAAUUAUGUUGUUAAGGAAACAACAUAUUCUGGUGUGGGAAAAUUUAUGGGGGAUAUUUCAAAGAUGGCAACAAUAAGGAACAUAUUGUUCAUAAUAUAUGGCAUUAGUUCUGCAUGCGAUAAACAUUUUACUUUUUAAAAACUGUUUCUUAUAAGUUCACCUGAAUGUGACAAGAAAACUUUCAGAAGUUGUUAAAUGCAUAUGUGCAUGUCCUGACUGAUUGACUUGGAGAAAGAGUCAGAAAAGGUGUCUUGACUCUAUCUGAGAAUAAGGGAAGAUGCUGGAAGCUAGAAGAUGUCUCUACGCCUGUAGCUCCAAGCCAGCCCAUAUAGUCCAUUAUGCAAUUUCAGCAUCUCUCCAGCAUGGCAGUUCUCUAAGAAAAUGUACACAGAGCAUCAGAUGCACAAUGUGCAGGUAGAGGGAGGGAGGCACUGAACUGAUGCAAAUACAGCAGAAAAUUGCUCUGACAAAUUUGCUGCCACUUCUGAGUCAUAGAGGGAAAUACAAUCACAUGUUCAAUUGCAAAGCAGAGUGCAGAACGUCAGAAAAACAAUAAUGUUCAAAAUUACUGAAUAAAAUAAACACUAAGUGUUUAUGUGGGAUACACUGGAGGAAACAUAAGAAUACUUACCUUUGAGCAAUAGGGUCUGUCAGUGUCAAAUGGAAGAUGUUGACACUUAAAUGUCCAUAGACCAUGCCCUGCAAACCAUAACCUAUUUGAAAUACAUGAGAAAACAACCUGAAAGUUAUCAGGAUCACUGAGGGUUAAAGGUCUGGUUCUUCAUUGCUAUACAUGGACUUCCACUCUGAUUUAGUGGCAAUUUUCUGUGAUGCAGAUAAUUUGCGACUGUAUGUGUAUAAAUGAUAGACAUGAUGCACCUACGCCAAGAAACUGCUGCUUAGUUGCAACAAAACAGCCUACAAUAUAAGACACUUGCAAGAAUAGUCCUGUGCAAGUAUAAUAAACAACACGCACCUGAAAUAAGAAUCCUAACAUCAGUCAGUCAAUCACACCAAUGCACAUUGCAUUAAUGCAAUUUUCUGUUGCAAACUAAACUCCAAAGGUCUGUAAGACCUUAAAAGAUUUCACAGCUUGCUUGUUGUGUUCUUCAAAUAGCAAAAAUCUUUAUGCUGGUUAUAAUACUCAUUGAAGAGAGCUUUUAAAUAUUUUUUAAAUAAUACUUACAACCUCUGGACCUGACAAAGGUUCAAUAAAUUACCAAGAGUUAGCACGAAGGAAAAAAAAACCCAAAACUCUAGAUAUUAAUUUCAGCAUUUAUUACACUAGAAUCAAGCUAACUUAAACUACAUAAGAUGUUGCACAAGAAAUAGAUUCAGUUGUAGUAAGUACAUUAAUUUCACUAUCUGAUACACUAACACUUCAUAGUCAUACAUUUAUUAUUGGUAGUGUAAUCACCUCACGAAAUUACAGAACGUGCUAGAUGGCAAGUUGAUGAAAACACAAGUCACCAUAAAGCUUGUACAAAGCAUAUUAAUGAAAUCAACAUUGCUGAUAUCACCACAAAAGUAACAUUUACCUCAGUUAAAUUUGAAUCUGCUUCAUAGUUAAAAUUUAAAUUAUUAUUAUUAUUAUAUGCAGAAUUUUGUGCUUUUACCAUGCACCAUCUUUUUAACAAUUCAAGGGAAAAUAAGCCCUUAUGGAAUACAGUAGUGGUAAUUUUGUAAAAUUCUGGAUUUGAUACCUAAGAUAGUAAUAUCAUUUGACUUAUUUUCUCAUAAAACACAGUAAAAUCAGACAACUUCAUAACUCUUAAUGUACAUAGUAAAGCAAGUUAAAAAAUUCUUUAUCCUAAUCUUUGCUGGAGUCCUAUUUUGAUCUCAAAAUCCUUU